AUGCGCAGCUACCUACCCCACCUCCCCAAAUCAUCGGUGAACGAAACUGUGGCAGCUACAACCACUGUACGACGAGUCAGUGGAUCCUACAAAGAUGGAGGAGUAUCGGUCAUUGUUAGGCGGAACUCCACACGGAUCCCUCCUUGCUGCCCGCAGUCAGGUGCUGUUACGGCCGAGAAGCCCAUCCCACGCAUAAUUGGCCAAGAAUUCGGGACGCUUGCCGGUCCGGCAUCAAGACGAGAUCUGACUGGUCGAAAGUCUGGACCCAACAGUCAAUCAUGA